AUGGCGAAGAAAAUGAGAAAGAGACCUGUGGAGGAGCAGAUCACGGACGAGAUGGAACUGGUUUGGGCUCCCAUGGGUAGCUAUGUCCCCAAGACAGGACAAGCGAGCAUUCGCUGGCGGCGUUACGUGGGAGCGCGGACGGUGAAGGAGUUCUAUGAGCGAGGUGGCUUACAAAUAGACCUUCUCUGGGACCUGCAGCGAGGGUAUGCCAGGCUAGCGCACACGAUCUCCUACGAUCACGUUUUCGACGACGUCGACGAGGCUUUCCUCAAACACUUCAAGGUCCACGGCUAUGCCGUGCUGCGGAACGCCUUGGGGGCUCAGAGGCAAAAUAAGUUCAUCGAUGAGUUCUGGAAAGCCAUGAA